AUGAUCCCCCCCCCCAGUUGUGACAAUCUCUUUACCCUGCUUUGGAGAAACGGUGGUUCAUCUGAUCUUCGGGACAGCUCAAAAGGGUUCUCUUUUCCCUUUCCCAUCUCCGCAUCAAGCACGGUGACGGGCAUCAUCACAAACAGUUGUUCCAGCACUAAAAGCUACCGUCCCCUAACCCCUCUUCCACCCCCUCAGCACAGUGCGUGCAGUGAUACUGGGAACGUUUGUACUUGUACCUCACCAUCACCACGCACAACCCCUUCCCCUCCCUCUUCCUCACCGAUACCGAUACGCAUAUCAUGCCCAAAUGUCGCGCGAUCACGUUGUCAGAAGUCUACUUUCUUUUUCUUCUUCUUUCUCUCCCGUCUAGCGCGCAUUGCACACCCACAGCCCGGUUUGCUCUAGUACGGAUACCGGUACAGCACUCGUACAAGUACCGGUACGGCAGUGAUAGCUGACUGAUGGUGCACGUUUUUGACGACCGCAGACCCACAUCGUUUUCCACCCCUCCAAUUGUUGAGGCAGAUUCUCGGCUCGCGUUUCAACAUCUGUUUCCUUCGUCUGUCACAAACUUAGUCUAACAUCCUACAUCCCUGCUCAACGGCCGUGCACAACAAGGGCCAUUCGAGGUGUUAAAAAUGAGAAUGGGAGAAAAUAGAUACAGUAUCAUACAUAAUACAGUACCGUAAUGAGAAAAAUGUAUAAUAAAUUCUA